UCUCUCUUCUUUUUCUUUUUUUUUUUUUUUUUGUGAACAAAUAAAUAUUGUUUGAUCUCUCUCUAUAUAAAAAAAGACUAAACCCUGAGACGAUGCCCUAAUCUGUUUAGAGAUCUCCCUUGUUUUGCAUCGACUGUCUCGGCAGCUGCGGUUUAUAUAUCAUGAUGAUCAAAUUGAUCAAAUCAAUGUUUCAGGCAAUAACUCGUCCGAUUCAAUACCUGAUAAUCUCUUAUCUUCGGUAUGUUUCCGGAUCUCCUUCAUUGACUGAUACAAAACAUGAUCAUUACGUCACCACGCUUGUCAUCGAACACUCAUACAAGUCUGUGAGGGAAAACAUCCUCUAUUCCUCCACUCACGCUUAUGUUUUCAAUAAGCUCGGCAUUCACCCGGUCAAUUACCAUGUCGGCGAACUCACAUUAGCCGAUAGCUACCAAGGGAUCGAGCUCAGCUGGAGAAUUUUCUAUAAUAAUAAAAGUAUCGGAAGGGAAUCAUUCGAGCUGAAAUUUGACAAAAGACACAAAGACUUGGUCUAUAACUCUUACCUACCUUACGUAGAGAGCACGACAAAGGAGAUGACGACAAUUCCGGAGGUGCACAUAUAUUCUCACUCCUUUGACACUUGGGAAACCAAGCCCCUCGAGCACCAUUCGACCUUUGAAACAAUUGCUAUGAAGGAAGAGCUCAAGCGUGGCCUCAUCCACGAUCUUGAUAUGUUCGUCCAAAGGAAAGAUCUCUACGAUAGAGCUGGGAGACCUUGGACGAGAAGUUACUUGCUGUAUGGUCCACCGGGGACAGGGAAGACGAGCCUCGUGGUUGCUAUGGCUAAGUACCUUAACUUCGAUGUCUACGACCUACAGCUCUCGAGAGCGGUGGAAUGCUACUUCAAUCCAAGAAAACUGCUUUCAGGAGUCAUGAACAACUCUAUUCUCCUCGUAGAGGAUAUAGAUGAGGGAUCGACGGUGUUGGUAUUAUCAAAACUGUUGAGUAGCCUAACACUAGGGACACCAUGGGGAGAAGCACGCAUCGUAAUAUUCACGACGAAAAACAAGGAUAUGAUUGACCCAACAUUGCUAAGUCGUAUGAGUAUGGAAAUUUACAUGGGACAUUGCUGUUUUGAGGGCUUCAAAGUGUUGGCGUCUAACUACUUGGGCCUCUCUCAUGUCGACAAUGAUGAGCCACACCGUCUCUAUCGAGACAUCAAACGUUUGAUUGAUGGACAAGUUAUCACACCAGCUCAAGUCACGGUGGAGCUAAUGGAGAGCGAAGAUGUUGAUGUGGUACUCGAAGGUCUGGUGACGACUUUGGAGAGUUUAACAUCAGAUAAGAUUGAUGAUGAUGAAGAUGAGGAAAAACAUUUGGCAUGUUUAAGAGACUUAUGAGCCAGUCAUAUAAACUUGAAGCUAGUCUUGCUAAUCUUCCACAACAUCUAUUUUUUAAAAUUAAUUUGCAAGUAACCAAAUUUUAUGUGUUGAUUAUUCUUUUAGUUCAUUAAAAGCUUGUGAUUCGCGGGUGCUGGUCAUCCGUAAUGCCCAUAACUCGGUCAUCUAAUAAUUCCAAUUUUUUAGUUUUUUUUUUUUGUAUUGGAAAAAGAAAGUAUAGAGGUGUUGUCGUUGAA